UAUCAUUAUUCAACCAUCCAGCCAAAAGGAACCUCACAACACUACUUGACAGUGGAAAUGCUCACAAGGCCACUCUGGAAUUGCACAAACAUAAUUAAUGCCCAUUUUACUCGCAUGUACAGUACCAUACCAAGAGUAGAGCACACUGGCUAAAUUACAGAAAUAUAAAUCAUUUAGAGACCCACAAAUUGGCUAGCUUUUGCGUGCCUUCACAGAUCUUCUAUCUCUCCUAAGCAUCACAAGCCGUUCCGUCACCUCGGUCAUAUCAGGUCGCUCUUCUAUAUCUACAUUCAGGCACUCAAUUGCCAGCUUGCCUAUCUCUUCAAGGACGUACAUGUCUUCCUCUGCUGCAAUCUUCUUGUCGAACAUUGCUCUCCCACUCUUUUCUAUCUCAUAACAUUUGCGGUACUCAACGACGAGGCUACAGUUAUAGGCAGUCUUCCUGGUAAUGAGUUCCAGGAGAACCACUCCGAAGCUGUAGACAUCACUCUUUGGCGUUAACAUGCCAGUUUUCAUGAACACUGGGUCUAUGUAAACCACCCAUCCAACGACUUCCUUGGUGGAGUAUUCAUCCACUUUACGUGACUGCGAUAGCUGAAAGCACGAGACUUUUGGGGUAAACUUUUCAUCGAGAAGUAUGUUGUAUGGUUUAACAUUACCGUGCCAUAUGUCUGCAGAGUGCAUGUGCCUUAACCCUUCUGCAGACCCAAUCGCAAUUCCUUUGUGCGUCACUUCAGAAGACGUUCAAAAUGUUCAACUUGUCCAACAAAGUAGAGUCAGAACUAGAAAUGCUUGUUCCUUUGUGGUCAACUUGCUCUUCCCGCGAUGACCAAUGAUCUGCGUUUUGAUUUUGAUGGCGAAUCUGAUGAGGGAAAGAACACGAACAAAAAGAAAACUAAGAUCACUGUAGAGAACUAGAGACCCAAGGCAGUUAAGUGGCUAGUUUGCAGACAUAUGAGACUGAAAAUGCAGAUGACACGUAGCGCUGAUGAUCUACUACGCGGUAAAAUAAAAGGUUCAGUGGAGCAGUAAGGAUGGCUAAGUCGACAUGGGCUCUCUCUUGGGCUGCAUUACUUGUUACAGUUAAGGACACUAGUGGUGAAUGCUCUGUUUUAUCCUCUGAAGCUGAACUCUGUAUUGUUGUUUUAAGUAGAAAUAAUCUCCUUCGCGCUGCAGUGUGUUAACUGGUGUCCUAUAUUUCCUGUGUCUAUUGAUUAAACUGAUAAUACUGAAUCAAGUAUGGUUGGUUUUAUCCACUGAGCUCAACUCCUUGUAAUCGACAGACUGCCGCGUAUCGCCAUCGUGGUGGUGUCUCGGCAGCCUGGUUCAUGUUGGUGCUGUUCGAGACACCCGCGAAGUUCGUCCUGUUGAUCAAGGUUCUGGACGAGGGGAAGAUCAGCGAAGUCGAGGUGAGUGGCUCUGAUACGUCUAUCUAUGUACCUGUGGUUUUGGCUUGUAGGAUUUGUGGAAGGGUUUUGGCUCGUCAGACAGAGCAAGAAAGGUUGGGUAAUUCGAGCCUGUGUCUUGAUUUUCUCGUGGAUCUUAUUAGUUAUUGCACAGUUGUGAUUUUUAUAAUUAAAUCAGGGACUGCCGUGUGUCUCAGACUCGGAGAAGGAGAAAAAGAAGAAGCAUGCCGAGGAGUGAGUGGCCCAGAGAUACGGCGGGUGGUUUUCACAGAUGCGGCAUGGAAACCUGGAAGAGAAAACACCACAGGUAUAGAAAUUUCCAUACAAUUCGCCAAGGAACAACAACAUGUCAAUAUUAGCAUUCUGGUGUCCGAGGAGCCUAUUAUUUCUCCCCUCCAGGCAGAAGCUAUGGCGCUACAGGUGGCGGCACAAGUGGUCAUUGCAAUCACUACAGGAAACAUCAUGUUCUUCACGGACAAUCAGGUUCUGGCCCAAGCCGCACAAGCAAGGGAUAUUCUUAAAAUCCCUGGUCAUUGGCAGAUAAGAAAUCAGUUGGCAAAUUUCUUUGCCACCACUAGCCGCACUCAGAUAGCUGUUCACCAUAUUCCUAGGAAGCUUAAUGACAGGGCUCAUAACAAUGCACGUAAAGCUUACUCGUUACAAUGCAAUAUUAGCCCUGUUAUGACUUGUAAUAGCAGGUCUCAUUUAGUUGAACACUGUCCCUAUGCUUCUGAAGCUAGGCAAUCUAAGCAUCAGCAAUUGUAAUAUCA